AAUCAUCAACUGGAAACCCCUGAGAUACAUGAAUAUUAAUAUUUUAAUACAUAAAGUAUUAAUCGAAGUUAUAAAAAAGGAAGCCUGCAUCUCCUGAUGCACAGAAGCUCCAAGUUAUGAAAUUUAAUCAAACCACAGGAAAGAGCACCUUUCUUUUGGGGGCCUUCAUGGAGGAAGAAAUGAACACUGGCCAAUGUUCCUUUGAACUUCUAUUUCUGUAACUCGUGCUGAAGGUUAGCUUCUGACCCCAACUUCCUCAAACCUCAGAGAAGUUCAGAGCAGUCAUCUGUGACACCUCUGUGAGUAGUCUGGUUUUGCUUUUUUUUUCUUUUGGUGAGCGGCACCUUCAAGUUACCAUCCCCAGCCUAGUCCUCAUGCUACCUUGGUUCCUGCUGUUGAUCUGUGGAAACCCUGUCUCUGAUGUGAGCUUGAAGACCAAGCCCCCGGGGGAAUGGGUUAUGGAGGGAAACAAGCUGGUCCUCAUCUGCUCCGUUGCUAACACCACUGAAAAUAUAACUUACCUCUGGUACAGAGGGGCCCUGGGUUUAAAUCUGGAAAAGAAGACACUGCCUUCAAUAACAGCAGAGUUUGAGAUCAGUGAAGUGAAGCAAAGCGAUGUUGAUCAAUAUUACUGUGCAGCUGACAACGGCCAUGGCCCUGUUCUCAGUGAGCUGGUGAACAUCAAUGUCAGAGUUCCAGUGUCUCGCCCUGUCCUUACAUUUGUGGACACUGGAACCCAGGCUGUGCUGGGGGACCUGGUGGAGCUUCACUGUAAGGCCUUGAGAGGCUCACCCCCAAUCUUCUACCAGUUUUAUCAUGAGAACAUCAUUCUGGGGAACAGUUCAGACCACUCUGGAGGAGGAGCAUCCUUCAACUUCUCCCUGACCGCAGAACAUUCUGGAAACUUCUCCUGUGAAGCCAGCAAUGGCCAGGGUGUCCAACGAAGUGAAGUGGUGGCUCUCAACUUAACAGGUCUCUCCUUAGUGCCCACUGUGAAUGGAAUCGGCAACCUCUCCUCAGGACUCACUGGCUGGCUGAUUGGCUGUCUUGGCCCCAUCGCCACGGUCCUAAUAUUUUGCUACUGGCUCAAGAGAAAAAUAGGAAGACAAUCGGAUGAUCCACUCAGGAGCCCUCCUCAGACUGUGCUCCAAGAAUCCAACUACCACAACUCCCCGGACCCAGGGCAUCCAGAACCCGUGUAUGAGAAUGUGAAUGCUGUAAGUGGCGAUGAAGUUUACUCUCUGGUGUACCACACCCAGCAGGAGCUAGGACCGACAGCCGCUCAGCAUGUGAGCACACACGGGGCAAGUGAGCUCUCCUCCGGAAUCUAUUCUAAGCCGAGGAUAAACAUCGUUUAUGUGGACUAUGAAGACACCAUGUAGAAUUAUGUAAACAGCAAUGAGGAGUGCUACAAACAAGCCCAAGGUCUGAUGUGGCCUCCGAGGACACUGGAGACAGGAGUAGCUUGCAAAGACACCUUUCCCACGUGCUGCUGUUCAUUAGACGGGUCCUUCACCUACCCAGUGUCAAGCCAGAACAAGUCCUACAGAAACCACCCAGGAAAACCAACUUAGAUGGAGAAGCUGGAGCAUUUGCUGGUGACAUCUGGUUGUUGUCCAUUCAUGUUGGGGCAUGAUGAAUUACACACAAACUUUUAUUUAUAAGAAGAAAACGGUGUGAUGAAAGCAAGUGAAGUCUUGGAGCAGGGGACAACUGAAACUCAGAGAGCACAAAACCAAUGGCUUUGCCGGUCUGCUGUGGAGAGAGCUAUGCUUUCUCUGUGCACACAUCCUAAAAUACCCAACAGUGUACUUUUGAGUGUCAUCAAUUUGGAAUUAAAACACAAUUGCAUAAAAA